GUGAAAUCUCUCAGAGCGUGAGGAUGAGUUGACAUGUGAGGAACACGCUGGACUUUAAUCCUGAAACAAAAACAUCAUGGAGUCAAACCUGAAAAGACCGAAGCUCUCGCACAUGAUUGUGAUUCUGCUUGCUAUCCCAGCGUACUUUGCGCUUCCAAACGUGUUCCUGCAGCAGUCUGAUGCCAAUCGUCUCUUAACACAUCGUUUCCGGCGUGCAAACUCAUUCCUGGAGGAGUUGAAGCUGGGAGAUCUGGAGAGAGAGUGUCUGGAGGAGAUCUGCUCCUAUGAGGAGGCCAGAGAGAUCUUCAGUGUCCCUGACCAACUGAAGGACUUCUGGAAGAGAUAUACCGAAGUGGAUUGGUGUGAGUCAGGACCUUGUCAGAACAAUGGCACGUGUGUUUCUCAGGUGAACACGUAUAUCUGUAUAUGUCCAGUAAAGUUCGAGGGGAGGAACUGUGACAAAGAAAAGUCUGCACCCAAUUCCUAUAGCUGUUUGUACAAGAACGGCGGCUGUGAUCAUUUCUGUACUCAGAUCAGUGAAUCGACGCGUCAGUGUGAGUGUGCACCCGGUUACAGAUUGCAAACGGACAACAUCACCUGUGUGCCUGAAGAUAGUUUUGCGUGUGGCAGGGUGGUGGUGCACGUGACUGUAGGUCCGAGGGUUGUAAAGGGAGAUGUGUGUCCUAAAGGACAGUGUCCAUGGCAGGCUUUACUAGAGUACAAAGGAGAAUAUAAAUGUGGUGCUGUUAUUUUUGAUUCUCGGUGGAUUAUCACAGCAGCUCACUGUGUUUGGGGAAGAGAUCGGUCUCUUCUACGAGUGACAGUCGGUGAACACAUCCGUUCCAAAAAUGAAGGCACGGAGCAGAUAAGGGAAGUGUCUAAAGUGUUGAUUCACCCGCUGUACAAUCACUCCAUCACCGAUUCUGACAUCGCUCUUCUGCGUCUGCGCAGUCCCAUAACGCUCGGCCCUUACGCUCUUCCUGUAUGUCUGCCACCUGCGAACGGCACAUUCACUCACACUUUAGGGUCCAUCCUUACGUCCACCGUCAGUGGGUGGGGUCACAUGUCUCAGUCUGGACCUCCAUCGGAUGUUCUUCAAAAGUUAGAUGUGCCAAGGGUCUCUUUAGACGAAUGUAGGACGCAGCCGGAUCUGAAGAUCACCAGGAAUAUGUUGUGUGCCGGGUAUAAAGGAGGAGAGGGUGACUCUUGUCAGGGCGACAGCGGAGGACCUCUGGUUACUUGUUAUAAAAACACCUGGUUUCUGACUGGUAUCGUGAGUUGGGGUAAAGGUUGCGCGCGCACUGGUUACUAUGGUGUCUACACAAGGGUGUCCAUCUUUGUGGAUUGGAUCGUGAAGAGCGUGGCUGCCACAUAGAGAUUUAUAUGGAGAACAAACAUCUUUAGAAGUGAAAAGUGUCAUAUUUUCAGCAUUCAAAUAUUUACUCAUGUCGUGUUGUCAAGGUUUUGAGUUCAUAUUCAGUAACAGUAUUAGUAGAUUACCUUUCUAAAUAAGUCAAAAUCUUGUAAUCAUUGUAAUGUGUUAAAUAAUGGCUUAUCAAAUGCAGCCAAUCGGCUUUCUCAAUAAAAAAAGGAAACUUAUACCUGUAAUGUUUAAGAGCAGUCAUGUGAAAUGAGCAACCACUAAAAACAGCUACAUUUUCUACAGAAAUUGUACUCAAGCUUCGCCUUCAAAGACACGUGGACUGUAUGUGACUGUAUGUAGAAUGUAAUUAAAGAUAACAGUACAAGAUGA